GGUAUUCUAUCGAAAAUGUUUAUCAAUUGUGCUCAUUUGUCCCGUGGAACAGCCAAAACGGCUAAAGCAUUAAUUAGAUAUUACGCAUCUGCUGUGACACAAACACACCAACAACAACAUCAAAUUGUAUUGUCAAAAUCGAGAAGUUUCCUGUUAGCUGUCAGAGGCUAUCACUGCUGCAGUCAGAAAAUCUCUUCAACUUUACCGGUUUGUUUGUCAAACUCUUCAACAAAUAUUAGUUUUGCUUUGAAACGAGACUUUGCGAAAAUGGCUUUGAAAAGUUUCCAGGAACAUGAAGUUGUUCCCGAUGUUGUCGAUACUGCUCCAACUGAAGUGUUGAGUGUUUCCUACGGUGAUCUUCAAGUCAAAGAGGGCAAUGUUUUAACACCCACUCAGGUGCAAAAUAAGCCUCAAUUGAGCUGGAAUGCAGAUGCUAAUGCUCUUUACACCGUUUGCAUGACCGAUCCAGAUGCACCCAGCCGCAAGGAAGCCACCUUCCGUGAAUGGCACCAUUGGCUAGUUGUCAAUGUGCCCGGCUCUAAGGUCAGUGAUGGUGAAGUUUUGUCUGACUACAUUGGUUCGGGACCACCACAAGGUACUGGCCUACAUCGUUACGUGUUCUUGGUUUACAAACAGCCCUCAAAAUUGUCGUGCGAUGAAAAACGUUUACCAGGCAACAGUGGUGAUGGACGUGGUGGUUUCAAAAUUGCUGCCUUUGCUAAGAAAUACCAAUUGGGCAAUCCCAUUGCCGGUAACUUUUAUCAAGCUGAAUGGGAUGACUAUGUACCCAAAUUAUAUGCUAAAUUGGAAGGCAAGUAAAUUGGUUUGCAGUGAAAAUAAAUAAUCUUAGUAUCAUCAUUAUACUGGAAGUUACAUAAUGAAAAAAAUUCCUUGUUAAAAAUUAAAAGACAUCAGAAACCAAGUUUCAGUUGCAAAAUUUUUCUUAAAAAAUUGCAAAAUUAAAAAAUAAAUUAUGUAUUAUCAUACAAUAAA